GUUCUUUGCAUUAUAAACAACCAUGCGAAGGCAGGUAGCUCGUCCGGCAACCACUAGCUGAAUAAUACACAUCCCAGCAGUCUGUAACCUUCGCUAGGUCUCUCAGCACUCCCCAAACAAGCUCGCGAAGUCAGGAUGAGGCCGUUCUACACGAUGCUACUAGCCCUCGCCAUUGUGGUGCUCUGUUCAGAUGUGGUGACAGAGGUGGUGACGGCUAACGGCGGUGGCGCCACUGCGACGGUGACCCCAUGGACUGCAAGGUGCUCCCGACCAUCCCCGGCAUAUGCAAUCCUAACAAGUGCAUGGAGUACUGCCAGCACCGCAUCAGGGGCACCUCGGUGGGCGAGUGCGUUUCCGACGGAUGCCAGUGCACGUACUGCGGUAUCCCACCUAGUGGUCGUCGGAACUGAACGGAGAGCAGGCAAACGCUGCUGCAUGCUUCUUUUUCCUGAUGAAUAAUGAUAAUAUGUUGAUGACGUUUGGUCGAGUAGGAUAUUGACCUCCUUAAUUGUCACUCUCAAAUAAUGCUCGUGUUUUUAUAUAUUUUAUAUCGCAAAAAGAAAUACAAGCAAUGGCAGGAUUCAUGUGAUAAAGAAA